AUGACAUCGUUGUUCGACUUUGGAUCAAAGGUAGUCAAGGAGAUCAAACAUGAGACUGAUUCGGAAGCUCAUCAAUUAUUGAGGAAAUAUAUCGAUGAUAGGCAAGAUGUCAACGAAUCUGGACCUACGAUUCCCGGUAUCUUACAUCCCGGAGCAACAGGCGUAACCUACUGUACCGACCGAGCUAUGGCCAAUGGGUAUUCGUACGAUAAUGAUCAAUGGGCUAAUCUAGGUCAAGGCGCACCAGAGGUCGGUCCAUUACCUGAAGGACCACCUCGACCUCGGACGAUAGAUCUGAGUCAAUGGGGAGAUGAAGUGAAUGAAUAUGGACCUACGACAGGGAUCAAAGAAUUGAGAGAAGCUGUUGCAAAAUUAUACAAUGAGGAAUAUAGACAAGAUAAAGAAUCGAAAUAUACUUAUGAGAAUGUUUGUAUCACUCCCGGAGGAAGAGCGGGUAUGGCAAGGUUGGCAGCUGUUAUAGGGGAUGUAUACUGUGGCUAUCAGAUACCUGAAUAUACAACAUAUUCGGAAGUUUUAUCGGUAUUCAAAAGACUUAUACCUAUACCCACCGCUUUGGAUGCCAGAGACAAAUACAAGUUGAAUCUGGAACAAUUGAAAAGGGAGAUAGAGAACUUGAAUCUUAGCGUUGUGAUAGCUUCAAAUCCUCGGAAUCCCACCGGACAAUGUAUAUCUGGAGACGAACUACGUGACCUCGUACAUCUAGCUAGGGAGAAGACGACGGUGAUAUUGGAUGAAUUCUAUAGUUGGUAUCAAUACCCUGAUGAUCCCAAAGAGCUGGGGACUUGCUUGAGUGGUGCGAGUUAUGUGGACGAUGUUAAUGAGGAUCCUGUGAUUUUGAUUAAUGGUCUGACUAAAGGGUUCCGAUUACCAGGCUGGAGAGUAUGCUGGGUGGUAGCUCCCAAAAAUGUGAUCAGCGCUAUCUCUCAAUCUGGCAGUUUCUUAGAUGGAGGUGCAUCGCAUGUAUUGCAGAAAGCCGCUAUACCUUUAUUAGACUACAAGAGAGUCCAACAAGAUAAGAUAUCACUCCAGAAAGCUUUCCGGAUCAAACGAGAUCAUGUACUCGAUAGAUUAGAAAAGAUGGGAUUAAAAGUUUCCAUACCACCCGUAGCGACGUUCUACAUAUGGCUAGAUCUGAAAGGUCUGGAUAGUCCUCUCAAUAACGGUCUGACAUUCUUUGAAGAGCUGUUAAAGGAAAAAACCAUUUGUGUUCCUGGAAUCUUCUUCGAUAUUAAUCCUUCUCAUCGACGUAACUUGUUUCAUUCACCAUGUCAUCACUUUGUAAGACUUAGCUUUGGACCAAAGUUAUCAGAGUUGGAUAGAGGACUGGAUGCGAUUGAAAGAUUGUUGAGGAAGUAUAGAGAAACACCUCAUUUGUUGGGUACCGAGUGA